AUGGAUUCUUCAUCUUAUUCCGAGUCGACGUCGACGAAUGGUGAAGGAUCUGUUAUUCCAAUUUGCAACGCUGAGUUGAGGCCUUAUGAAGGUCAAAAUUUUUCUUCACUUGAGGAGGGAAUUUUCUUUAAUGAAAAGUAUGCUCAAGAGGCUUGUUUUGAUUGUCGAAGAUUUGGAAAUAUGUCUAGUGGUGGUGUUAUUACUUUUCAGUAUGUUGUUUGCAACAGACAAGGUUUUCAUACAGUUGAUCCGUUGGAUGUCGAUGUAAGUAUAUCUGAGGAUGUGAACGUGUCAGAUGAUGAUGAAGUAACUUCAAAGAAGAAACGCAGACGUGGCACAAAAAGGUGUGGAUGUGGAGCAAGGAUCAGUUUCAAGUUUUUUUCUAAUUGUGGUGUUAAAUAUUAUCUUGUGCAUCAAUUCAUUGAGGAACACAAUCAUGCUAUGUGUGACAAAGAUCAUAAGCGAUUUAUGAAAGGAAAUCGCAGUAUGAAUGAUGUUCAUCACAAGUUUGUUGAAGAUAAAGCUAACAUCGGUCCUACUUCAACUUUCAACUUAUUAAAUGAGUUUUUGGGUGGUUUUGAUGUUGUUGGGUGUACGUUGAAUGAUGUUAGGAAUUGUUCUCGUGAUAUUAAAGAGAAACUGAAAGAAGUGGAUGUUCAAAUUAUCCAAAAUCAGAUGCAAGAGAAGAAGAGAAUUUGUGAAGGCUUUUUUUACAAAUAUCAAUUAUCACGUGAUGAUAAUAAGUUAGUGAGCUUAUUUUGGUUUGAUGCUGAGUCUCGGAAAUAUUACCAUAUGUUUGGAGAUGUUGUAGCAUUUGAUACAACAUAUUCGACAAACAGGUAUCGUAUGGUGUUUGGUCCAUUUAUCGGGAAAGACAAUCACGGGUGUCCUAUUGCAUUUGGAGCUGGUUUCGUAUCCAGUGAGAAUUGUGAUGUAUUAUCAUGGCUUUUCACUGUGUUUGUUGAAUGCAUGGGUGUUGCUCCAGGGAUCAUAAUCACAGACCAAGAUUGGGGAAUGAGGCUUGCAAUUGAGAAGGUAUUAUCUGGUACAAGACAUCGUUUGUGCAUGUGGCAUAUUAUGAGCAAGUUGUUUGAGAAAAUACCUAAAUCCUUUUCUGAUAGGGAAAAGUUUAGUAAGGAGUUUAAGGCUUGUGUUUGGUCAGAAUUGUUAGAUCCGGAUGAGUUUGACAUAAUAUGGACUGGUAUUGCUGAAAAAUAUGGUGUGGAAGAUCAUAAAUGGUUUAAGGGCAUGUUUGCUAUUAGACAUUUGCGGAUCACAGCCUACUUUAGAGAUGUUCCUAUGGGUUCUUUAAUGAGAACAACAUCUUUUUCAGAAUCUGAAAACAGUUUUUUUAAGAGGUACUCGAAACCGUUGUUUAAUUUUGCUGACUUCACUCUUCAGUAUAAUAAUGCCAUUGAUGCUCAAAGGAAUCAAAUUGAAAAGCUUGACUAUUAUGAUUCUAUAAUCUCUCCAAAAUAUGCCACUGAUUAG